GCACGAUGCCGCGCAGGAAUGUGAAAGGCGCGCGCUCGCCGCCAUUUUCUCUCUUUCUUGGCAGGCGGCGGCAGCGGCCGGAGCGGUGCCGGGGCGGCCAUGGCGGACUAUUCCACGGUGCCCCCACCUGCCGCGGGCGCGCCAGGGGGAGGCGGCGGCGGGGCUGGAGGAGUGAACGAUGCCUUUAAAGACGCGCUGCAGAGGGCUAGGCAGAUUGCAGCGAAGAUUGGAGGAGAUGCUGGCACAUCAAUGAAUUCAAACGACUACGGUUAUGGAGGGCAGAAAAGACCUCUUGAGGAUGGAGAUCAACCAGAUGCUAAGAAAGUUGCUCCCCAGAAUGACUCUUUUGGAAAUCAGCUACCACCGAUGCAUCAGCAACAAAGGUCUGUGAUGACAGAGGAGUACAAAGUUCCAGAUGGGAUGGUUGGAUUCAUAAUUGGCAGAGGCGGAGAGCAGAUCUCGCGCAUCCAGCAAGAGUCUGGCUGYAAAAUACAGAUUGCACCCGAUAGUGGAGGCCUGCCUGAAAGAUCAUGUAUGCUAACUGGAACGCCAGAAUCUGUUCAAUCAGCAAAAAGAUUACUUGAUCAGAUAGUUGAAAAGGGAAGACCUGCACCUGGCUUUCAUCAUGGUGAUGGACCUGGAAAUGCCGUCCAAGAAAUUAUGAUCCCAGCAAGCAAAGCAGGAUUAGUUAUUGGGAAAGGUGGAGAGACAAUUAAACAAUUACAGGAGCGAGCAGGUGUCAAAAUGGUCAUGAUUCAAGAUGGUCCUCAAAACACUGGUGCAGACAAGCCCCUUAGGAUAACUGGAGACCCUUAUAAAGUUCAACAAGCCAAGGAAAUGGUGCUGGAGUUAAUUCGUGAUCAAGGUGGCUUUAGAGAGGUGCGCAACGAAUAUGGGUCAAGAAUAGGAGGAAAUGAAGGGAUAGACGUUCCAAUACCACGAUUUGCUGUAGGUAUUGUAAUUGGAAGAAAUGGAGAGAUGAUAAAAAAGAUCCAGAAUGAUGCUGGUGUUAGGAUCCAGUUUAAGCCAGAUGAUGGAACAACUCCAGAUAGAAUAGCCCAGAUCACAGGGCCUCCUGACAGAUGUCAGCAUGCUGCAGAAAUUAUUACAGAUCUCCUUCGAAGUGUUCAGGCUGGUAACCCUGGUGGACCAGGGCCUGGUGGUCGAGGAAGGGGUAGAGGCCAAGGCAACUGGAACAUGGGGCCUCCUGGUGGAUUACAGGAAUUCAAUUUUAUUGUCCCUACUGGCAAAACUGGAUUAAUCAUUGGAAAAGGUGGUGAAACUAUUAAAAGUAUAAGCCAGCAGUCUGGUGCUAGAAUAGAACUUCAAAGAAAUCCUCCACCUAAUGCGGAUCCAAACAUGAAGAUGUUUACUAUCCGUGGAACACCCCAGCAAAUAGAUUAUGCACGACAACUUAUAGAAGAAAAGAUUGGAGGUCCAGUGAAUCCAUUGGGUCCUCCUGUUCCCCACGGACCCCAUGGUGUUGUUCCUGGCCCACAUGGACCUCCUGGRCCACCGGGUCCUGGUGCUCCCAUGGGACCAUAUAAUCCAGCUCCUUAUAAUCCAGGCCCUCCUGGUCCUGCACCUCAUGGUCCUCCAGCUCCCUAUGCUCCACAGGGAUGGGGAAAUGCUUAUCCACACUGGCAGCCACCAAACCCACCAGAUCCAGGUAAGCCAGGAACAGAUCCUAAUUCAGCAGCGUGGGCAGCUUAUUAUGCUCACUAUUAUCAGCAGCAAGCACAGCCACCACCUGCAGCACCUCCUGGUGGACCAGCUACAACCCAAACUAAUGGACAAGGAGAUCAGCCAAAUCCAGCACCAGCAGGGCAGGUUGACUAUACCAAGGCCUGGGAGGAGUACUAUAAAAAAAUGGGUCAAGCUGUUCCUGCCCCUGCUGGGGCUCCUCCGGGCGGUCAGCCAGAUUACAGUGCAGCAUGGGCAGAGUACUACAGGCAGCAGGCAGCGUACUAUGCUCAGACAAGUCCACAGGGAAUGCCACAGCAUCCUCCAGCACCACAGUGCCUUCCCAGACCUUCCACCUUAGGUUCUGCUGCAAAAAAGCAACAGUGCUGAAGAUGCUGCAAGCACCAAAUCAUAGCUCAUAGAAUCAGGUCCUGAGAUAGUUACUACCAGUAAAGAGGAAUCCUUUGAGUGUAUGCCAUUGGUGAGCCGAUGAGCAUGGACCAUAGAAGGGCUCCAUGUAGAAGGUAAAAUUGGCAAAAGCAUAACAGAUUUGAAAUGUAUCCCAUACAUAAUGAUGUAGGGUAUAAUUUUUGUUUUGAUCACUUUUCAUUCUUUAAAGUAUUCUUUGUUUGACCAUAAAUGUUUCAUAAUCUGUUAAGUUUUUUAAACUGUGAUUUAAUAAUAUAAGCCAUCUAUUUUAGUUUAUAUUCUUCUAAACAGCCAAGCUAAUUUUUGAACUGAAUUAAUAGUUGUGCUUCAGUUUCUCAAGCCACUUAGUGUUUCAUCUGUAGUUUAACAUGUAACUUCAUUUUUGAUGUGAGAUGAGGGUAGGUGUGUACCAUUUGGAUUUUGAUACUGUGAAUUUAGUAUGGGGGUGAGUCAUCUGUUCACUUCCUUUUUACGUGGUACUUUUUUCUUCAACUGUUACUCCUAAAAUAUCUUGAACAGUCUUUCAAUUGUUAAUUUAGCCUGUGGGAGGAGAUAGAGAAGAAAAAGCCAUACAGUGUAUUGGGAUGUUGCUAGUCUGUGGAAGGUGAGAUGGUCUUGUGUGUAGCAUUUGACAUGUAUUGGCUUCCAGCUUUCUCACUGCUGGGCUUACAGGCAUGCUGGUUUGUGCAGAGCAUAGUGUUUUCAAAUGUCUCCUAACUCAUGGUUCCUGGGAGAAAGAUUAUUGGAGUUUUCCAGUAGCCAAGAAGAUAACAACUUCCUUAGAAAUGCAGUGAACUUGGCCAAAAGGUCUCUUGAAAUGUUUCCCCUUACCCCGCCCUUACCACUUAGUGUCCCACAAUGAAUGUGAARAGUAAGAAAAGUUUGAAAAGGAGGYUUAAUAUUCCAAGUAUGAAAAGUAUUUUCAUAUGAUUUCUGCAGCCUGUAGUUUAUUAGGAGAUGGAAUAAAUACCAGGUGGAUAUUCUUUAGUGUAGCUUAAUUAAAAGUCAUCUGUUUCACUUGUCCAGCAGACAGGAUCAUAAUUCAUUUGCACAGCCUAUCUUGAAGUAUUUCAUCUUUUUUCUAGUGGUAUUUUAUUGGAUAUGGUAGAAACUGUUUCUCCCUUCUUCUCUUCAAAAGUAAUUCUUAAGUUUUCCAUUGCAUGCUAAAAGCUUUUCCAUUUUUCUUUUUUUCUGGAAGUGGGGGGGAGGAAGGGAGGACUGGGCUUUUCAGAAAGCWUACAAUUGACAGGAUUCCCUCUUCCCUAGUAAUAGCUUAUGAAACUCUUGUGUAUGCACAAAUAUUUCUCUUGCGUGCAUGUGAAAUGCCUUUUCGUCCUGAGAAAAGUGUUCUCUGCAGAAACUACCCGUGUGUAAACAGAAGAUUGGCUUUAAAAGGCAACUGUGAUGGGAACAGUGUCUUAGGGAGAUGCAGCUUGGACUUGAGGUAAAUUGAAUGCUUUACAAAAAUGUGGUUUUGAGCUUGCAUUGACAUUGUAUGUAAUAUGGGUACACAUAAACUGUAUAAUGGUUUUUGUAUGGUUUUUCUCAAUAAAUGUAAACUGAUGAAUAAUAAUAGCAAUGGUUUUGUCUUUUUU